CCGUCUCUCUGGCCGGGUCCCCCCCAGGUGCGACGGAGGCCGUCUCCCUGGCCGGGUCCCCCCCAGGUGCGACGGAGGCCGUCUCCCUGGCCGGGGUCCCCCCCAACCUCCUCUCCCCCUCUCCCCCCCAGGUGUGAUGGAGGCCGUCUCUCUGGCCGGGGUGCUCUGGGCCUUUGUGCUGGUUCUCCCGGCAGUGCUGGCCACCGCUCUCUGCAUCGGCUGCCGGGACACAGGCUCCCCUGCCCACGGUGCCCAGGCGGUGGGGGACUACGAGUACAAACCCCCACCUUGUGUCCCCCCCAACAGCUUCAUGGUGCUGACCCGAGCCAACUAUCCCUCCAGGAACCAGAUCAAACAGCAACCGGUGGCUCCCGCUGAGCAGUUCCUGUCCAUCCCGCGAUCCCCACAGGCACCCCAGAGCCGCCAAGUCUCCUUCACCAGGACAGAGACCGACAACGACAGCGUCCCCAGCUACGAGAAUGAGGAGCGACCCCGUGGGGAUGACGACGACGACAAUGACUAUAACAACGAGCUCUACAUCACCGGCUACGUGGAGGUGCUUCCCGACAGCAUCACGGAGACGUCCCCCAAAGAGGUGGUCACCUCGGGGCCAGAGCUCAGGGACAGCGUGUCCUCAGUGGCAAUGGGGGAUGAGUACGAGAACAUGCCGGAGGCCCAGAGGGAGUCGCUGGCUGACAGCCUGGAGUACGUCAACAUGCCAGAGCCUGGAUCCAGCAUCCCUGACGCCCACUAUGGCACCAGCAACCGGGAGAGCGAGGACGACGGCCCCGACUACGAGAACCUGCACAGCUGAGCGCGAGGCAGACCCCCAGCUCUGGAGAGCGACACCCCUGCGGGGAACCUGCCUUCGAGGAGCGAACGAACAGCUGGAUGAGCCUCCAGGAACCUCGCCACAGGGGGCCCGAGAAACCCCCCGGCUGGCCACACCUCUGCACCCCA